AUGCCUCGCCCACCGAAUCGCGACUCACCUUCCUCACACACUUCGGUAGACCAGUCAUCCAUCACGAUUACGCCUCAAGAUUCCCCUGGAAAUAGGGCAGUCAUGGAUAACCAACGCUUGUACCGAAAGAGACACCGUAUCUUGACAUCCUGCACGGAAUGCCAUCGCCGCAAACAAAAGUGUAACCGUGUCCAACCUUGUCAGCACUGUACGAAACGUUCGAAGCCGGAACUAUGCCGCUACGAAAAUGUUGACAGCAAAUAUGGCCAAUACGCCGCCAUCAAUGCAAGUACAAACGCCUCUGGUGAUAGCGGAAUCGAAUCUUCAACGAUAUCGGCGCCUUCGCCAUCAAUGCUGGAAACGAAUUCAUUGUCCCCGCAGGACAACCAGGACCUCGUCAAUGUCCUGGGCUAUUCCACUCACAGUGAACACAAUACCCUAGGCUUAGUCCAAAGGGUGGAGACUACCUCCCCAUCCACAUCGAGCCGUCUUUCUACCUUGAAUAGCAAGCAGCAGACAGCUCUGGACCACAAAUAUCGAUCACUAGUCCGUCAGUUACCAUCAAAGGAGCAUAUCGACAUCCUCGUCCAGCACUUUUUCUCGGAUAUCAAUUGGCACUACGACGUGAUCGAUGAGAUCACUUUCCGUCAGCAGCUCGAGAACUGGAGAAGCAUCCCUUACUCGGCUCAUAGCAACGCGAUAAGUGUCCUGCCCGCCGACGUUCUUGCAUUUCCUUCCCUUCUUUUCCAGCUUAUGGCCCAUGCUCUACUACAUCAACCCGUUGCUGAUGGAACUUGCUCACGCCUUGAAUCCCUGAAAUACGCCUCGGAGAUGACAUUCGUCGAUUUGGCAUGUGACUUCUCCGAAGCUGGCUUUUCAACCUUGGAAACUAUAGGAAAGAACGAAGUGACAGUGGUGGCUGUACAGUCAGGGAUCCUACGUGCAUCCCUAUUGAAAAAUACCGGAAAUGUCAUCGAGGCAUGGCAUGUCCUAGGAACCGCCAUUCGAGACGCACAGGAAAUAGGGCUUCAUGCAGAAUCGACCUCACAAACCCCGUCGGCAAGCAUUGACGCUCAGUGGGAUAAAGAGAUGAGGCGCAAGAUCUGGUUUGUGUUACACAACUGGGAUAUUCACAUGGCUGUCGUGCUAGGAAGACCGAUCACGACAAUGAUGGCCACUGGAAAUGCGCUUGAUCUUCCCGACGACCUUGCACAAAGAGAGAGUGGAACACUGCCGAGAAAGAGAACGUCCCAUGAUCCCCCUACUCCAUCCAGCAUAAUCCAUAUUGGUUACGACGUUGCCUAUCGAUAUUUUCCACAAGUCCAUGGUCUUGAGAACCGUGGAGCACGGAUAGAAGACUACAAUAUUGUGCGAGAGACGCACGCCGCGAUUGUGAAGAAUAUGGACCGUGUCCCGCUUUGGUGUCGCCACGAAGACCCUGAUACACAGUUUGACGAAUUUCCAAGUUGCCACUGGCUGCCGGCGGCGCGCCAGGCAUUGACGAGUGGGAUUUACUUUGUCUUGCUUUCGCUACAUCGGCCCUACAUAUUCAGUGUAGCUGAAAGUCGGACAGUGGCACUCAAGGCGGCACUGAAUAUCCUCACCGUCCAGAGACGAUUGUUUCAUCUGUCAGAACCGCAACAGUACAUUUCAUUCAACAUGGUCUACCCAAUGUUUGACGCAAUGGUCAUCUCACUGGCUACUGUUGUGCUAUUUCCAAAUGAGAACCUCGAUAUUGUCUCGGAAUUGGUCCAGAAUGUGCGCUGGGGCAUUGAUGUGCUCAACAAGAUAGGCGAACAUAAUGCUAUGGCUCGGUCGGCAUACAGCAUUGUGAAGAAGCUAUUCUCCCGGUUGAAGCAAUCUGGUCCACACGCUAUUCAGCAUUCCAGUCAUACGAGCGAGAGCGUAACAGAAUGGUCGAGCACCGAGACCGCGGAUCUUGGUUGGGCCAGCACGAGUUUGGACGGAGCUCCGACGGUGAGUAACGUCGACGCUGAACUGCCAUCACCAACCUACCAGGGAACGGAUUUAGGGGCGUUAAAUCCUCACGGUUUUCACUUUGAGACCCUUUUACCCCCCCAGCCAGUUCAUGAUCUAUUCUAUCAAGAUAUUUACGCACCGGAUAUACAGGAGGCCUGCCCGGGUCCCGAGUUUCCUUUGCAGAGUCUCGACUUCGAUGGUCAUUACCCAGACAACAGUUUCUGGAGCUUCAUGAGUAACUUCACUCAACCAUUAGAAAGUACCUAG